AUGUCCGCAGACCAACCGCGCGAAGUGUGCGGUCGCCCCUUCAAAACUCCGGACAACAACCAACCACAGCUCCAACAGCACCGCUUCCACACUCCGGCCGCCAACAACGUCUCAACAUGUGCGGAGAGUGCCGACCUCUCCCCGGCGGGCAUAAUCCUCCACCUCUCGAAUGCGGACCGGGUGGAGGCAAUGUCCUCCGCAGAACUACGCACACGUACGGGGGGCCAGAUAUUCCUUACUAAGCCGGUGGAUGUGUUCCAACCAACCGGGAAGCCGAGGCCGAGACGGGCUGAGAACAGGGAGGAUUCUUGGCUGUGUAGGCGCAGAGGUGGGUUGAGCAUCCGUGUGAGGACCAACGUGGGGGCUAUUACUCCGACGAGGAUUGCUGCGAGGAGGGGUUUUUUGGGGGAUGGUCUGGACGGGGAAAGGAGUCGCUUGGGUGGUGUGGAGGAGGGUGAUGAGGGGGAGGCGGGCGAUGAGAGCGUAGGAUCAGCCGGUCAUUACGAGAUGUUAACUACGCUAACCUGUGGGUGGUCUAUCAGGUCGAUCUCCUUGAAGUCCAAGACGGGGGGGAGUAUAGUAUAGGCGCAGAGCCCCCCCACGAGACCGAAGAUCUUGACGGCGAUGUGUUGAUGGGGGAGGCUGAUUAG